UCUGGCUGAGGCUGCCUCCUGUCCUCACAGUGCAGGAGCUGUCGGUUGGUUGGAGAGAGGUGGUGUUCGGCACUGGAGAAAGAAAGAGUUGACUUGGACUUUCGGGAGCUGUUGGACCCCGACACUGAAUUUGUAUUGAUAAACAGUCUGGGCCUGAUUUGGACUGUUUAAAAAUCCCCAUUGAGGGCUUGGUUCUAGCUGUAUCAACGAGGACCCAACCAUGGAGCAGGGCAGGGAGGCCCACUGCUCUGCUGAGGAGACCUUCACUGCUGACUAUAAGAUGAUGAUGACCCUGGGCCAAGGACAUUUUUCAGAGGUCAAACUGGCCUUUCAUAUCCCCACCGUAUCCUGUGUGGCGGUAAAAAUUCUUAGAAACAAGAAGAAGUAUGCCUCACUUAUCAAAAGUGAAAUCAGCAUCAUGAAAUCCCUUGCCCAUCCUAACAUCAUUAAAUUGUUUCAUGUGGUCCAGACCAGAGAGACCACCUACCUGGUGAUGGAGCAUGCAUCAGAGGGAGACCUGCUGCAUCACGUCCUGGAACUGGGGGCCUUAGAGGAGAGCGAGGCUCGAAGGCUGUUUACCCAGAUAGUGCAUGCCCUGAAGUAUUGCCAUGAUAACCUUAUCAUCCACAGAGACAUAAAGGCCAAUAACAUCCUCCUCGACCACAGGGGUAAUGCGAAGCUGUGUGACUUUGGCCUCUCUACUAAGGUCAUCCCUGGGCAGAAACUUGGUCAUUUCUGUGGCACUUUACACUACUGUGCCCCAGAACUCUUUGGAAAGGAGGCAUAUGAUGGUUGUGCCACUGAUAUUUGGAGUUUAGGUGUGCUCCUCUUCUUCAUGGUGACUGGACGCUUUCCCUUCAAUGAUUACUCUUCUGUGGGGGUGAAACAGCAGAUCCUCACUGCAGACUUCAGGGUGCCUCAGCAUGUUUCCGUUGAUAUUCGAGAUCUCAUCCUCAAACUGCUGAUUAUAAACCCCUACAGGAGGCUCACCAUAGGCCAAAUCAUGAGGCAUCCCAUGGUCAAGAGCAGCAAGGCACAUUUACCACCUACUUCUACCCAGCUCUCCCAGGUACCCCAAGCCCUAGCAUUGUCAAGGCCAUGACAGUCAUGGGGUAUAAAUCUGAAGAAAUCAUUGAGUCUCUGAGAGACCAAAAAUACAACCAGGUGAUGGCCACUUACCUAAUUCUACAGCACCAGUUACCUGGGGGAGACUGCUAC